ACCGAGUUGUGAAUUUGAUGUGGACCCGACAAUUGUGGAGAAGUGGAUCACGGCUUACAAAUUCUUUAGCUAUUUUUGUGUCUGUUUUGCUAAAAGUUUAAAACUUUAAAGUAAGAUUGCAAGUAGGGAAGUCCAACUAUUAGAUUCCAGUUCCAUUGGAAUCACCAACACCAUAAGUCCAUACCCUUCUCUCCAUUCCUAUCUGCAAACUCUUCUAAAAUGCCGGAAUCAGAAGAAGAAAACCGGUCGAGUAAUUUUUUUAUAAGGGGGCCUCCGGCGACGGAAGAGUUACCGGUGAUGAUGACCAUGGAUCUCGACCUUGAUGGUUCCUGGACUUUCGAUCAGAUCUUCUCGUCGGACCCUUCGCCGUCGUUUAUUCUAUCAGCAACCGAACAAUCUUUCUCUCCUCUGUGGGCGUUUUCCGACGAUAAUAACAACAACAUCAACGACGGUGACGAUAAACCCGCCGGAAAUGCCACGUUGACCUCUUCCGGAGCUGCUCACCGACUUCUUCCAGUGGAUACAGAUAACCCUGAUCAAGUAACAAGAAAACCAUCAAACAAUGAUAUAAAAAGGAGGCUCCCAUUACCCAUUUUGGAUGUGAAUCCAUCAGAAUAUCAAGAUGCAACAUGCAUAAUCAAAGAAAGAAUGACAAUGGCACUUCGAUACUUCAUAGAACUUGGUGAAAAACAUGUUCUUGCUCAAGUAUGGGCACCUGUGAAAAACCGGGGUCGAAACGUGUUGACCACAUCUGGUCAACCCUUUGUGCUUGACCCAAAUUGCACGGGUCUUCAUCAAUACAGAAUGGCUUCUUUAAUGUAUGUGUUCUCUCUUGAUGGUGAAACUGAUGAAGUCCUUGGGCUUCCUGCUCGUGUUUUUAGACAUAAGCUUCCAGAAUGGACUCCAAAUGUGCAGUAUUAUUCAGACAAAGAAUAUCAAAGGCUUAAUCAUGCUCUGAAUUAUAAUGUUCGUGGGACUUUGGCUUUGCCUGUUUUUGAACCUUCUGGCCAAUCCUGUGUUGGUGUUCUUGAGUUGAUAUUGACUUCACAGAAGAUAAAUUAUGCCCCUGAGGUUGAUAAAGUCUGCAAAGCACUCGAGGCGGUGAAUUUGAAAAGUUCAGAUAUAUUGGAUCCUCCGAAUACGCAGGCAAGCAUUUUUCCUUUAACUCAGAUUUGCAACGAAAGCCGACAACAAGCCCUAGCUGAAAUCCUGGAGAUAUUAGCAGUCGUAUGCGAGACUCAUAAUUUCCCAUUAGCUCAAACGUGGGUCCCAUGUAGGCAUCGAAGUGUUCUAGCCUAUGGUGGUGGAUUCAAGAAAAGUUGCAGCAGUUUCGAUGGAAGUUGUAUGGGUCAAGUAUGCAUGUCAACAACCGAUGUCGCCUUUUAUGUUGUCGAUGCUCAUAUGUGGGGAUUUCGUGAAGCGUGUGCUGAACAUCAUUUACAAAAGGGUCAAGGGGUAGCUGGAAGGGCGUUUGCUACACGAAGUUCUUGUUUUUGUGAAAAUAUAACGCAUUUUGGAAAAACCGAAUACCCUUUGGUUCAUUAUGCGCGUAUGUUUGGUUUAGUUGGAUCUUUUGCAAUUUGUUUGAGGAGUAGUCAUACGGGCGAUGAUGAUUAUAUCCUGGAGUUCUUUCUUCCUCCUAAUGUGGUGGAGUUUAAAGAUCAACAGAAAGUAUUGGGAUCUUUGUUGACUUCUAUGAAGCAGCAUUUUAGGAGUCUUAAGGUCGCUUGUGGGGAAGAAAUAGGGGAAGAUGGGAGAAUGGUUGAAAUUAUUAAAGCAUGUGAAGAAGGCGAUGUUCUUGAUUCGGGGGUUCACUCGAUUCGGUUAUCGGAAUCUUUAAUAUCAAAUGGAGGCCCAGUGGGUUGUGUUGAUGCUUUGGUCAGGCCCAAUGCGUUGAAUGGAAAUUGUGGGAAAUCAGAGAAUGUGGAAAUUACCAAAAAGUCCGAGAGAAAACGAGGGAAAGCUGAGAAAUCGAUUAGCUUGGAAGUCCUUCAGCAACACUUUGCAGGAAGUCUUAAAGAUGCUGCAAAGAAUCUUGGUGUUUGUCCCACUACAAUGAAAAGAAUAUGCAGACAACAUGGGAUUUCAAGGUGGCCUUCAAGAAAGAUCAACAAAGUCAACCGUUCACUUACAAAGCUAAAACGGGUGAUUGAAUCAGUUCAAGGAGGUGAAGGAACAUUCACAAUUCCUUCAUUAGCAACCACCCCACUCCCCAUUGGUGUUGACUCCACAUCAUGGCCCACAGCUCCAAACGGGUCACCAACUACCCAAAAUGGGUCUCCCGGGUCAAAACCAUCUCAAAAGAACGAUCAAGGUCAAACCCAUCAAACAUCGGGCAGCAGAGAAGCAAGCACGGGCAGCCCGACUUCCCACAGGUCAUGUCAAGAAAGUCAACUGUUUGAAGUCAAAGCACCGAAUCUUGAAGGGCUUAUAGCACCACAAACUGAAGAACCGUUUAGAGGAAUGCUAAUUGAGGAUGCUGGAAGCUCACAUGAUCUCACAAAUCUUUGUCAACCCACUGAGGUUCUUGAAAAGGUACAAGAAGUUAGCCCAAAGGUACAACCCUUCACAGCAAGGACUGAAAUGAAAACAAUAACAAUAAAGGCGACUUACAGAGAAGACAUAAUUAGGUUUCGUGUGGGUGCAAAUUCGGGUAUAGUGACAUUGAAAGAAGAAGUUGGAAAGAGGUUGAAGUUGGAUGUGGGUACUUUCGAUAUCAAGUAUCUUGAUGAUGAUCAUGAAUGGGUUCUUGUAGUAUGUGAUGCAGAUUUGCAAGAAUGUGUGGAGUUGUCAAUGUCAUCAGGGUGCAACAUAAUCAGGCUUUUAGUUCAUGAUUUGUCGACUAAUCAUGGGAGCUCAUGUGAGAGUUCAGGUUAAUUAAUCAUAAUUAUGAGUACAAGUUCAAGCCCAUUGUGUUUAUAAAUCAUCAACUUGUGAAAAUGCAAAAAAGAUGGUCGAAAAUAGGGAGAGAGAGAGACAUUCUGUGGGUGUUUUAAUCGAGUUUUUGGCCAAGUGUAAUGUUGAUUUAUUUUUGAGUAUGUUAGUUGUUUUAAAGUGUUGAAAUGUUAGGGUUAGGGUUAAGUUGUAGAUUUAUGGGGGUCAUUUAGCAAGGUGAUCGAAUUUUAGGGAGGAAUUUUCCCAUAUUCUUUGUUGUAUAAGAAGAUAGCAUUAAAUGGUGAUUAGAAAUGUUAAUUGUAUAUUGGUUGCUUUUUUCUUUUCUUUGUGAGUAAGCUACAUUUUUGGUCCAUGUGUUCAUGUAAUCUUUUUCUUAAAAAAAAAAAAUCGUCUCUUUUU